AUGAUGCCCGGUACCGGUGGCUCUGAUCCCGUGAAGACAACUUGUCUACGUUUCUUCCACGCCCUCACUGCGAAGAACGAUACCACAGCAGCGAGGAGCAGCAGGGCCAGGGUGGCCCCAACGCUGACGCCUGCGGUGCCCCCUUUCGAAAGACCUUGCGAACUCACAGGGCCCGCAGCCGACUCUGAGCUCGAUGGCGGCGUGGCCUCUGUCGCCUCGGACGAGGUUGUCGGGCCGGCUGAAGCAAUGGACGUUGUGGGAACCUCCAAGCUGCCCGGAUUCCUCGAUGUAGUCGAGGUUGUCGGGCCGGCCGAAGCAAUGGACGUUGUGGGAGCCUCCAAGCUGCCCGGGUUUCUCGAUGUAGUCGAGGUUCUGGAGCUUGUCGAAGUACUCGGAGUCGGUGCUGUGGUCUGCGUGGUUUGUGACCUUCUGAACGCGGCGGCGCUUUUGGGAUUGCUGGAGAGCUUCGCAGCCACGAGGUCGUCGGCCGGGCACCCCAUAAGAUCACAGGCAUUUGAGGAACAGCAUCCGAAAAAGGGCUUGUUCAAGUCAAAGCAGGUAUACCAUUCGCCAGUUGGGUCUUGGCACUCCUGAUCCGUGAUGUUUGUGCCCUUCUCCCUGUCGAAGCUAGAAUACCGGACACUGUAAUGGGGGCAGUCCUGGGGCCGCGGGGAUCAGCGAUGAACACGACAAAGAAAAAUCUUCGCAUUGCAAGGUAUGCCGUGGGCUUUUUGUGGCCACGGUCAUGAGCCCCAGCUUCACCGUCAUCACGAGCUCAGGGAAGAACAGAGGCGAUCGACGGUGCUUCCCAAUGGGAAGAGAAGAGAAUACUGGGAGUUUACUCACACCUGAGCCGUCUUCGCCGGGGUCCGAAGCGCAACAACCAAGAAAUUGGAUAUUGCAAUCCUCACAGACAAAAAAGGCGCCGCCCGCGGGGCAUGUGAUGCCAAACACGUCUACUGGAUUGUAUACCAUGGUGGGCGGUGUUCACCUGGUAGACAAGUGGUUGUCUGGGGUUGUGGCUCAACCCCGUCCAGAAUAUGUGUCGUGUUCAGAUUGGAAAGAGGUCUGGAGGCAGCAGGCUCUGGGGAAAAGAAAGGCGUCAGUGACAAGGUCAAGUGACCCGAGGAGGGGUCGUCCAACGUCGAGCGCCCGGAGUGGCAAGAAGUGGGAAGCAAACAAUUCCAGGUAAACAGACUACAACCAAGAGAAGUAUCGAGGUACCUUUGCUGCUAGCAGAGUGCGGCAAACUGGACAGCUGUGCUACCCACAGUCGGGUCGAACGAUAUCAAUGUUUCUCGAGUUUGCCGUCUUGGAGUAAGUGAAUUAUAACAGUGCUGUUGUAGAAUAAAGUAACGUGAUCGACUGCUGCAAGCGCACUUUUCCACAGUGCUGCAAGAGUGAUUGAGUAGGGUGUCCCAUCCCCUGACCACUCUGACCAACUGUACACCAGUGGAAAUCUAUUAUACAGGGGGUUAUUCCAAUGGAGAAUACCACAGCACACAGGUGGUCUUUACAUGUGAA